AUGGCGGAGUCUUCUCUUAACAACUCGUGGCCCUCCUUCUCCAAACUCUUGAUGAAGAGAUGGUCCUACAAGAGAGCUUCAGAGUGCAAGCCAUGUAGUGAGCCCUGUGGGCCUCCCAGUGCCCCGCUCAGAGUCCAGCCUCAUGCUCCCAGCGGGACAGGAUCCUCCUCCUCCUCACUCUCCCCGGCCUCUAUCGCUGAGGAUGUCUUCUUUGGCAGCAACAAUAAAGACCAGGAUGCAUGUUCAGAAGUCAGCGACUAUGACUGCCCCUGUGCAGAGGUGAACAGUAGUCUGGAGGACCUGCUGUGCCUAAGCUCUUCCCUUAGAGACUCUGAGUACUUCAAAGACCUGGAAGGAGGGAUCCCGGCUGCACAGUCGACUGCAUCCACUGUAACCACAAACCCAGAGAGCAAUAACCUAACUGUUGGCUUCCAGGUGUGCCUCAACACAGACGACAAUCCUGCAAUCAACCAGCCUGUGCAGACUUCUUUGAGCACACACUCCGCUCAGGUCAAUGCACCAUCUUCUUCCCCCUUCUAUAUACACCCUGAAGAGGAACGUCAUAAAAACUUUGUGGUCACUCAGCUUAGUCCUAAAUUAUUGCCAGGUUGUAUCAUUGACAGUGGUGAUCCCACAGGCCCUGCUUUAGGGCUUAGCUUGACAAUUAAUCUGAAUGGACUGUUGGGAUCAAUGGAAACCGAAAAAGGAAUAACAGGAUCAGAGGAAGUAACGGAGCAAGCCACUAUGGAGUCAGACGGAGAGCUAGACCUAGACAGCCUUCCUAUUCUGGUCAGAUCCAUGUCGACGUCUCGGAGGCACAGCUGGGGCGUCCCUUUGUCCCCCAUCAACCUGGGGAGGAGACUCAGUCUUGAUACCAUGGGCAUGGAAAGCGAUGGAGAGAGAGAGGAUGAUGAAGAGGGAGAGAAAGGUCUCCUCCAGUCCACGGAGCCGCAGAACUACAGCUGCACAGACUGUCCUGGAGAGAAGACAGAUGGCUCCAGCCUGAGGGGCCCCUGUCCGAGAGCCAGAGUCACUAGCAUGGCCUGCGGUGUUCCUGGCAGGCAUCUGUACUCCCGCUCAGACAUCCUCGCCACAGAUGAAUGUUCCCAUACUGCACACAUUUCUCGUGUUGUGCAGACAUCCAAACAGGCCGCAAGGGCAGCAGGAGCAGAAGAGUUCGACCCUGAAGAACACUUACACUCCACUGAAGGACACAGCCACAUAGCGAAAGAGAGGAACAACAGAUCGGACACCAAAGUUUCAGGAAAUGUCACUUGGUACGAGUUCCUCUCUCAUGAGACUGAAGAUGGGGGGGAGGAUCGUACAGAGAAGGUAGAGAAAGGCACCAAGGUGAAGAGGACUCUCAGCUCACUGAGGAACAGGGUGACCGGCUCCUUCAAUAAGGAUAAGGGUAAGAACAGAGAAAAAGAGCAGCAGAGAGAGAGGGGCAAGGAGAAGGAGCGAGACUCUAAAGAGAAAGAGAAAGUGUGCCGCAGAAGAAGCAGCAAUGGACAUUAUUUGGUGCCGGGCGCUUUCUCCAGCUGUGCCACCUGCUCGCUGUGCAGCAAAACCCUGCAGAGCAAGCAUGGCCUGCAGUGCAUGAAUUGUGCUGUGAACGUUCACAAGAGCUGCAAGUCUCUGCUGGGUGACUGCACCAGCAGCAGGAAUAAGAGAGAUUCUUCUCAGAGGAAAUACUCAUCAGGAUCUCAAAGCCUUGCGCUAAAAGACCGGCACAGAGAGCAGGAGCAUUCGGGCCUGGAUGGCCACCCAGGAUUUCACUGCACCCCAGGCAUGACCAUUAGUUCGUGGGGACUAAGCACUCAGCAUACUGCCGCCCAUACCAGCAGCUCCACCGCAACCUCCAGCUUUGGCCACAGCCUCUGUCACAACAACAGCUCAGGAUCCCUCCCUGGGGAGAUGGAUGAGACAGAUGCUCUCCGCUCCAAACGCUGCAACGAAGACGCCAUUUCCCUCGCUCCCUCCACCACCGAGUCCAUCAUCGUUGAAGAUGCCCACUAUGCAGCAGUGCGGGCUGAUCUGGAGUCUGAUGCCCAGGACCUGGAGGUAGAGUCCUGGAGUUUGGCGGUUGACCAGCAGUAUAUUAAGAAGCAAUCUAAAGAAGCGGUGAAGCGACAGGAUGUGAUCUAUGAGCUGAUGCAGACAGAGAUGCACCAUGUGCGAACGCUGAAGAUAAUGCUUUGCGUGUAUGUCCGAGAGUUGAAGGAGAACCUCCAGAUGGACUCUGGCAGGCUGGACUGUCUGUUCCCCCGUUUGGAAAACCUCCUCGAGCUUCACACACAUUUCCUGUCUCGUCUCAAAGAGAGGCAGCGAGAAAACCUUGUUUCGCCCAACGAGAGGAACUACACUAUCAACAGAGUGGCAGACAUUCUGAUCUCACAGUUCUCAGGUGAGAUAGGAGAAAGGAUGAAGGACAGUUAUGGAGAUUUCUGCAGUCACCACACGGAGGCUGUCAGCUACUACAAAGAACAGCUGCAAAACAACAAAAAGUUCCAAAACGUCAUACGGAAAGUCAACAACCUCUCCAUUGUGCGAAGGUUAGGAGUGAGCGAGUGUAUUCUGUUGGUGACGCAGCGCAUCACCAAGUACCCAGUACUAGUGGAGCGCAUUCUGCAAAACACUGAAGCCGGUACAGAGGAGCAAGAGGAACUGACUCGAGCACUGGGUCUGAUUAAAGACACCAUCGUUCAGGUUGACACGCUGGUUAAUCUCCAUGAGAAGAACUCUCGACUCCGAGACAUACACAAUAAGAUGGAGCCAAAGGCACAGGGGAAGAUCAAAGAUGGCCGAGUGUUUCGCAGGGAGGACUUGGCGCAGGGCAGGAGACCUUUGCUGCACGCGGGCACAGUCAACUGGAAAGCUGCUUCUGGCAGGCUCAAAGAUAUUCUUGCAGUGCUUCUGUCAGAUGUGUUGCUCUUGCUACAAGAGAAGGAUCAGAGAUACGUAUUUGCUACAGUGGAUAACAAGCCGUCAGUGAUCUCCCUUCAGAAGCUGAUUGUCAGGGAAGUGGCCCAUGAGGAGAAAGCCAUGUUUCUUAUCUGCGCCUCCUCCAAUGAGCCAGAGAUGUACGAGAUCCACACCGCCUCCAAGGAGGAGCGAAACACUUGGAUGAGAAACAUACGGCAAGCUGUUGAGAGCUGUCCUCAUACGGAAGAGAGGCUGUUCAGCGAGGAGGAAGAGGCACGAGCUUUCAGGUUCAGAGAAUUUCAAGAGCGGCUGAGCCAGAAGGAUGCAGUGGUCGUCCAGGCCCUUACAGAGAAGCUGCAGCUGUUUGCAGACAUGGCAGAGUCCGUGGCAGGUCUAGAGGACACAGCUUCACGUUCCAGACUUCUGCUCCGAGGAGACGCCUCAGACCUCCAGCAGGGGGAGACCCUGCUCAAAGGAGCGAUCACUGAGGUGGAGAACCUCCAGAACCUGCUGCAGUCUGGAGUGAGGGAGGAGACUCCAACCUCUCGGCUGGAAGAGGGGAGCGGUUCUGGUGUUCUGCCCAGACGAGCUGAUACCUUCGGGGGCUACGACAGCAGCCGCAGCAUCCUCAGUAAGAAUGGCAGUGUGAAGAAGAAGUUUUCUGGUGAGACCAGAAACCGAGACAGAAGCCAGAGAGCCAGCUCUGACCCUCAGCUCAAAGACCUUUGUGGCAGCCACACCCUGGAGCAGACGGUUGAUGAGACAUGCUGCUCUCCUGCCAGAUGGAACCGCAUCUGGUCCAACUCCUUCCCCGAGGCUGAGUUCUUUGACAGAGUGCUGAUGCUCUCCCAAAGGCUCUACAGUCUGCAGGCCAUCAUUUCACAGCAGGACAGUCACAUCGAGCUGCAGCGGGCCUCGUUGACAGAGCGGGCCUCCAUGCCCGGCCGCCACAGAGGGAACGUGCUCCUGGAGCAGGAGAAACAGCGGACUAUCGCUCUGCAGAGAGAAGAGCUGGCCAGCUUCCACAAGCUGCAGUCUCAACACCGGCAGGAGCAGCAACGCUGGGAGAGGGAGAGGGAGAGGCACCGGCAACAAGUGGAGGCCACCGAGGCCCGGCUCCGACAAAGGGAGGAGGAGUGCAGACGGCUGGAGGAGCAUCUGGCAGAAGAGAGGAGGGAGCUGGAGAGUCAGAGGAAGACGUACCAGGAGGACCUGGAGAGGCUGAGAGAGUCCACCAGAUCUGUGGAGAAGGAAAAGGAACGUCUGGAACACCAGAAGAAGAUCAAGAGGAAGACUAUUGAGGUGGCUCCCCUGUCUGGCAGUCUGAACGGGGAGCUCCUCAUGUCCUCGGGCCUCAACACCUCCACCAGUGUCUCCGACCAGCCCCUCCCCCAGAAGCCCCUGGUGCGGCCCAGCCUCUCCGUCGCACCAGCCGACUAUCCAGAGCGCCCCGAGUUGAUGCUGUGGCGGGAGGCGAGCUCCUCCACCCUACCGCUGAAGACGGAGGUGCCGCUUCAUCUCUUCAGCACCACCAACCAGCAGCACAAGCUGGUGGGGGUGCAGCAGCAGAUCCCCACCAAGCUGGCCGCCUUCAGCAGCGGCAAAGGGAAAGGAGGCAAGAUUGGCAAAGCCUCACAUCGCACUGACAGCACUGCCUCAGUGGAUAUGAAGCAGAUGCUGCCGAUGAAGCUGUCCGCCCGAGAGGAAAACGCCCUCAAGGCCAAGCGUUCCAUCAGCCCCCACCAGCAGCCCCCGCUGUCGGCCCCUCCUCAGCUUCUUCCCCUACAUCACCACGCAGAUCAAAUCAGUCCUCCAGACAAUGGUGGGCCAGACACCCAGUCCACCUCCUCCAUCAGCACCUCCCACUCUCAAAAUGUCCAGAAGCCCCCCUUGCCCCCUGCACAGUCCCAUCCUCAGCCCUCCAUGCAGCCUCCCAGCAUCCCUCCCCACUCACAGAGCACCGGCUCCCUCCAGAGCCAGCCCCAUCUGCAGCCGCAGGCCCUCAGUCCCAACGCCCAGGCCCAUGUCCAGGUAAACGUUCACGGGCUCCCCCACAGCCACAGCAUGCCGCCACCGUACAAGAUCCCCACAGAAGACCUCAAUAAGGAGGAUGUCAUCUUCUUCUAAAGUCCUGUCCGCUGCACUCAGAUCAACCGCUGAUCGCAAAAAGAAGAAUUAUGGGAUAGUUGCUGCCAUGAAACCACUUACAUGCGAGAGUGAUAUUGUUGAUGGUGGGCACUGUACAGGGGUGGUGUUAAAUAUCUUCACAAAGUUGCAGCACUCCAUAACAGAGAGCAGAGCCCUUGUAUGCACUCCAGUGGCCCAUGAAGAAAAGAAAGGUUUUACAUUUCUAUUUUAACACUGCUGCCCCAUCUAUGUUUUUACCACUUUUUAUUUUUAUUUAAUUCACAUUGUUUAACUCAAAAGGACAACAAGUAUGAGGAGGAAACAUUUGUCAAAACAAAGGCUCCUUGUAACAUGUAUGAAAAAAGGUUUAAAUGAAGUUAAGCCAAUCCAAAGACAUUAGCCGCGAGAGCAGAAGGGAUUUGACUGAAAGGAGCGAUGUGAAAGAAAAAACGGUCGGCUGAUUCUUCAGGAGACUGCGAUCAGUCUGGCUAGUGAAACGUGAAAAAAGUGAACGUUGCAGUGAUGACGCCCUGGCUUUAACCACCUGCUUCUACUGAACCCGGAAACACAAGAAAUGAUUCAACAGGAACUCAGAAAUGACCCAGCUCUUAAAAGAGGAACACUUUCUGCUGGAUGUUUCAUUUGCACAGUGUAAAUACUCCAUUCCAGACUAAUGAAUUAACUUUUAUGGACUAAAUGUCUACUCUUUGGGUGUCAAAAUUGUGAUGGUUCAUUUUGUCGAUCUUGUUCUUCUUAAUCAUGCUUAUUACAGAUGGCAAAACUGUGGAAUUCACUGCUUGUGUUGCGACUGUUUGUGAAACCUGAAGCUCGUUUUUGUUUUUCAGUCUGUUUAAAAUGCUUAAUUUCAAUUAAGGGAGACUUCAGCUUGUGGCAAAUUCUACUUUUUUUCCAACUCGUGCAGUCUGAGACAAAGCCAUAGAUAUCUUUAAUAUAUUUGGUCAAUUAGAUUUUUUUGGUUAGAUAAAUAUACUCCAUCUGCUAAUGAAGACCAUGAGAUUUAGUUGAACUCUUCCGAAAGAGCCGUUAAUUUGAGAUUGAGAUUGAGAUGGGACGUUUUUGUCAGAUGAAUAUUUUCAAUGUUAAGAAGGACCUUUUUAAAUUCACCUUUAUUUCAAAUUUCAUGUAUUUCCAUCACCCUACUAGAAUAUGUCUUUAUGAUUUUGCACUAGACGACAGUUCAGACGUAUCACGGAAAACUUUUGCUUUAUUCACACGGUUUUAUAUCUCUCAGUCUUGGUUGUUCUGAAGUGGUUUCAGUCAUAUAAUGCACCAUAUUAAAUAAUACACAGUCCUCCUCCUUAACAACUCAUAAACAGAAUAUACUCGUCUGUCCUCUGAGUCUUCAAGAGACUCCCAGGAAAAACUUGGCCAGAAAAAUAGCGAAGCAAUUUAAAGUUUAUAUAUUCAGCCCUCAUUUUUCACUCAAGUCAGGAAAUGAAAAGUUCAUGUGAUUAACAACUCAUGUUUUUAAAAGCUUGUGUCUCUGGACUCCUUUUUUGCUGAAUUGACAGUAAAUUUGUCAGGAUGGGUUUGUUUUAGCAGAGCCGGUAUAUCUUUGAGGUAUAUAUAUAUAUAUAAGAUGUCAGUUUUAAUUAAAACUCUGAGGUCUCGUUGACACUGUGUUUUAUUGAUUGCUGAUGACAUUUCAUUAGCGGGGUCUUAAAUCUGUGGCUGACAGAGAAGCGGUACUGUGACCAGGUGCAGUGGUCCUGCAGCAAAAACGACUGUCAGCUUUUCUCUUAAAUGCCACCCUUUAUCUCUUUCACACAGAAGAAAUAUGGAGAUGUCCAUGUGAUUGUCUUUCUCUGUAUAUACGUGAGAACCCUUUAAAUCAUGAAGUAGUUGACACAAUCAUGUGAUUUGUGUCUCUGGAAGGAAGAAUGCAGAAUAGCUUUUUGUCUUUGUCAAAUGAAGCUCUGAAGCUGUGAUCGCUAGCUGGAGUUUGAGCUGAGGGUUUAUGUAUAUUAUGUAUAUUGUUGUACAUACUUACCGGCUUACUUUUACACAUUCUUGUAGUAGGAACAGAGAUAUUUGACGUGCAUCAAGAUGCAAAAGUCAGCCAAAAGUCUGUUUCUGCAUAUGUGUAUAUACACUUAGAAUACACACACAUGGGUGUGUAUGUAUAAUAUGGUACGCCUUGCUUGGAUAGACUCGUGGCAGUUUAACGAAAUCACUGUCAGCCAUUGCUGUGGAACUGAUAUUGAACGUUUGCAUAUUUAAUCUCCUGAUGUUUGUUGAUGUUGGAGCAUUGAAGCCAAGGUGCACUGUGUGUUGUCUCUCUCCAGCAAAUUAUGAGUCAUGAUUCACCAAUAUUAUGUAGAAGUCUUGAAAACAAAACCACCUGCUUGUUUCAGUUGGUUAAACCAAAGACACAUUUGGCUGGGUUCCUGACUGUGCUCUUAUAUGAAGGAUAAAUGACACUGUGCUGUUGUGUGGUCAUCCACAAAGUGUUAUUACUUAUUAAACAUCCUUGAGGGAGCGUCCACAACAAGUGUGUUUACAGUACACUGUAGGCUCAUAUUCUGCGUCACGUCUAUUUCUGGGGCUUUAUGUUUUUUUAAUCUUUUCUAUGCUCCUGUCCUGAUCUGAAAUAUCUCUGUAUACACAGAUAUUCACUUUGAAACCAGAGCAAAUACAAACAAUGAAUCAAAUGGGUGUUGAAGUUCCCCAGUAUUCUGGUUUAUAUUGGCACAACCCAACUAUGGCAUCUGGAAUUUUCAUUAUCAGGAUAUGAGCUUAUCUGAUACAGUGCAUUGUAUUUAUGUACACCGUCUCUUAAAACACAACAACAAUGUGCAUGUGAACAUACUUGGUGAUUCUCGUUGGAUGAAGCGAUAUCAAAACAAAAAUAUUUUUCCAGACUAUGACACCAAGGUCUCAACUCAACGUCCAUUUACAAGCUUUUUGCCAGAGUUUCAACCAUAUCACACAGUCUUCUUCGUCAAAGUUAAGGCAAUUCUUAACUUAAAGGCCAACAUGGACGAUAAAAUCAUAGCAUCUGCUGGUCAAGUGAGCAAACUCCUAUCUGCUAAUGCUAAUGAAGAACAUGGGAUUUGGUUGAAAGCUCCGGAGAGAGCCCUUAAGUGGAUAUUGGGAUGGGAUGGUUUUGUCAAAGAUAUAUUUUCAGGCUUGUCUGUCCAUUUUCCUUUUUUUCCAAGUGUCUCCUUUAUUGCUGAGUCAGAGAUGUCCGGCAGCAGGAAAACUGGUUUAAGUUCAGUUGCGAACUUAAAGUAAACCUCGUCAGAAGAGGUGGAUGCUGCCUUGUUGGUGCCGCUGUUUGGACCAACUCAAGUCUUAAAUGUUCUUUUGCUGUACUGAAAUGCUUAACGUCUUUGUUCUAAAACUUUAAAGCCAGUCAGUCACAUCACUGUGUGUGUUUGUCUGUGUGUUUCUGUUUGUGGGUAUCUGUGUGUGUGUGUUUGUGUGUGCGCGCUCUCCACAGAAAACGCAGCGGAAACAUUUCUAACCGACUUGUCUCCAGUUGUGUUUUUCCUUUUAUACACACUCUCAUAGGCGCACAUUGGACCUUUAAUGUGUAAAUAAUCAUGAACGUAUUUCCUCAGCCAAUUUUACACUAGUCACUUUGGAUAGUAGCAUACUUGAAGGGGAAAAUGAAUGUUCAUAAUGCUUAUUAUUGUUAUUGUCUGUGAACUUUUAUUUACCAAGAGCUGUCUAAUGACGUUUGUAGCACACAGCAGAACUGAUUUUUGUACCAUUUUAUUUUAUUCACUGUAAGACGUUAGAAUGACCUGUGGACACAAACUGCUGCCUUAGAUAGAGUUUAGUAAUAAAAAUAA